CAUCAUUCAGCAGUGAACUGUCAUUGUCGUAGACCUAAUCGCUCAUGUACACACAAUCUGAAGCCCUCUGUCCUGACGGUUGUUUGAGACAGAGAACCAGCUCCAAGAGGAUAUGAACCAUUUGCAUUGAAAAAGCAAGUAACUGCAUGGAAAAAAAGCCACCGAAAACGCAGUACCGAUUUCCAUGAAUUACGAGAGAGGGAACAAAUACUUGCUCGGGCAAAAAAUUGGGAAUGGCUCCUCCGCUGAUGUCUUUGUAGGAACAAAUGUCCGAUGCAACCAGCAGGUUGCAAUGAAGUUGGAAAACAUCAACGCGACGCAUCCACAGCUACUGUAUGAGUCAAAGUUGUACCGAAUUCUACAUGGCGGACCUGGAAUUGCCAACAUGCAAUGGUAUGGUUUACAAGGUCAAUUCAGGGUGUUAGUCAUGGAUCUUCUGGGUCCAACUCUUGAAGAUCUCAAGGAGUUCUGCAGUGUCAAAUUUUCAUGCUGCAAGGAAAACCUUGCCAGGUUCUCGUUGAAGACGGUUCUUAUGCUUGCGAAUCAGCUUAUUAAUGUGCUGCAAUACAUCCAUUCCAAAGGUUUCCUACACAGAGACGUGAAACCUGAGAAUUUGCUAAUGGGGCUUGGCAGACAAGCAAAUCAGGUUCAUAUUAUCGACUUUGGACUCGCAAAAAAGUGGAGUGAUCCUAAGACUAAAGAACACAUUCCUUGCAGAAGCGAGAAGGAUCUUGUAGGCACUGCUCGGUAUGCAAGUAUCGGCAAUCAUCUAGGUCUUGAGCAGAGCAGAAAAGAUGACUUGGAGUCCCUUGGAUAUGUAUUUGUGUACUUGCUUAAAGGCAGUCUUCCAUGGGAAAACAUAAAAGCAGAAACUAGAGAGGAGAAGCAUGAAAGGAUCAUGAAAAUGAAGAUUGCUAUGUGCGCUGAGAUGAUCUGUGAAGGAUUGCCAUCACAAUUUGGGAAGUUCCUCCAAGUCACACGAGCACUUCCAUUCCAAGCAGAACCUGACUAUGAAGGUUACAAGAAGAUGUUUCAAGACUGCUUGGUCGAGGAAGGUUACGCACGGGACUAUGUCUUCGACUGGAGUGUCAAACAUUACGCAAGAGCUGGGGUUCCUCAAAAAUUUGAAGGACAGAUUCCCUUGUGUUCGAAGAGGUGUUAUGAGAGUACAUCCCCGCCGCUGGUCACUAUUGAGCCACUCAAGUUGGAACGUCCAUUUACACAAAGGCCUCCACCUCCAAGGCCUCCACCUUCAAGAGUGCAAAUUCCUCAGGGAAAGCUCACUGAAUUCUCUCAAAAUGAAUUUGUUAACAACCACAACAUCUAUCUUGAAUAGAAAAGGUGACCGCACUAAUGACUGCCGCUUAAGCCAUUUAUAUUGAACUUUUAUCUUAUGUAGAUUUCAGAACAUCUCAUCAUGGAAUUGAAUGGAGCCAUGGGUAUAUAUAUAUAUAUAUAUAUAGAUGUUAAAAGUGUAAGAGAAUUUUUUAAAGUCAUGGUUAUAAAAUAAUAAUUACAAGACCACAAAAAGUAGUGAUUGAGCUUUAGAUGCAAAGUUGCCCCUCUUUUGUAGCUCAAUUCACAUUCUUCAUUCAUAUUCAUUUGUGUUUAAUAUAAGACUUAACAUAAGACAAGUUUGUCAA